AGGUGCAAGAUUGUGUGCGGGUCGGCGGAGUGUGCAAACGGGCUAGUGGAAAACAGUGUUUUCGCUGCUCAAGGGUACUCAACCCGAAUCUUUAGGCACUUCGUCCAAAAAGCAGGGUUAAUUUUUGGGAUCCCCGGGCACUACUCGGAGGAACAGCUAGCGGAGCUUGUAACCUCGGAUAUCCCAAUUGAGGAGAUAGUUCGGAUUACGCGAAGGGAUAGAGCAUCGGGGGAACGUGUACCUACUGGCAGGGUGAAACUCUGGUUCAGAGGAGAGCAGUUACCAACCAAAAUCAAUUUUCUAUAUUCUAAAGUAGAAGUGAAACCUUUUGUUCAGCUUAUUCAAUGUUUCAGGUGUUUUAGGUUUGGCCAUCUGGCGCAACAUUGCAAGAGUGGAGCGAAAUGUUUCAAAUGCGGACAAGAUCACAGCAAAGAUAUUAUCUGCUCAGGGCUGGUCUGUGCUAACUGCAAGGGGGAACAUGCUGCCACCCACCCGCAGUGUGAGGCCGGGAAAAAAGCGUACGCCAUUCAAAAGUGUAUGACACUGGAAAACCUAACUAGAGCUGAGGUCAAGGCUAGAUAUCCGAUCCUUUUUGAUAGAACUUCCCCCAACCUAAGGGAUCAAGGGGAAUUUCCUAGACCCAGUUGGCAAUCUAACCGCUCCCCUGAAUUCUUAAAUAACAGCUUAGAGUCCGCCAGGGAAAUUCAUUCUGUCACCUCUUUCGCGGAAGUGACCAAAUCCAAUAGGGUUGCCGCCCGGAACGCAGAGGCGGCCAAGGCAGCAGCCAACAUGGCAGAGUGGAAGAACUCAAUAAACUCAGACUACGUCCAAAUGAGCGAGAAAUUUGUGAGAUCUUCAUCCGUGGCAUCUUCUCUGGCCCAGGACAAGCUAAACGCACUAGGAGCCAAACUCACAGCGUUCCUGAUUGAUCCAAACAACAUCAUUAAAGGGGAUUCUUUAGCGAAUAAAUUUAUUAAGGAAAUUAGAGAAUUUGUCAAUGCUUCCAACGCAGAACUAGAUAGGCGUCAGAUUGCCCAAGGGAUGGCAGUUGGUUCUCAAAACAUCCAACAAUGAAGAUUCUUCAGCUAAAUAUUCAAAGUCUGACACACAACAACAACAAACAGCUCCUCUCAAUGUUCCUAGACAAGAACGCAAUAGAUAUUGCCAUCCUCUCAGAGAUUUGGGUGUUGAACAACGCGGACUGCAGCAUUUUAGACUAUAACUUUUUCUGCAGGCCCAGAGAGGACGGCUACGGCGGGGUUGGCAUCUACGUCAGGAAAAACAUUCAAUUCAGCAUUUAAAAAAUAGAGAACGACUUGGAAAUUUUAGGAAUAAAAACAUUAAACCUCAAGAGCAAUUUCAAUAUUUUUUAGCAUAUAUGCACCGCCAUCAACAACAGUUUCACAGUUUAAAUCGGGCACAAAAAAGUUUUUCGAAUUCGCGGCUUCGCUUGACAUACCCUCAAUAGUGGGCGUGGACUUCAACGCUAGGUCUUCUA